AUGUCGGUUCCGAGAGAGAACGGACACUCUUGUGCCUUGUCGACAUCGAGAAAUGGUCAUGCCCCUCUGUACCGGCUCAACUCGAACCAGAGCAGCACGAGCAUAUUCGAGGAGGUGGAAAUGGCCCAUGAUGAGCUCUUCUCCGGUCCUAUCGCCGAAAGUCUCCCUACCAGUGUUUCCGCCUUCUCCCACCGCCGGCCUCGUGCGGAUUCCACAACGAGUUUUGCAUACUACCAAGACGAACCCGAGCCCUCUCCUACCUCAUUUGACGAUGAACGCCGAAGCAUGUCCGACGUCGGGGACUUCACCUUUGGUGAUGAGGACGAGAGCGACGUCGAUAUCGAGAAUGGGGACGUCGUCAACGACUACAUGAUUCAACACAGGCGAUCUUCGACACACUCGAGAUCCUCUGUUCAUGCCCGUCUUUUACGCCGGGAUAGCGCGACGACCAACAAGAGCAUGGGCGGAGACCGUCUAAGUCAGAAGAUCUACAUGGUGAACGAGGACCUGACCAUUGCUAUUGCUGGUUUCCGGACUAGUCGUCUGGGGUUUGCCGCUUAUGCAGCAUUAUGUCUUUCCACGCUUGGCCUCGCGUGGCUUUUGUUAAGAUGGCUUCCUCGCUGGCAGGUGAGGCUGUUGGGCAAACCAUUCCCAUUAGCUGAGUGUGACUGGGUAGUGGUUGAGAAUCAAUGGGGAGAGUUUGUCGUGAUGGAUGUGGACAAGAAACUGUACGGCAGGCCCAUGUCCACCAUCUUUGGCUCCAGUGAAAAGAGCUAUGCGAUGGACGAUGAAUACGAUCCGAUCAUCACCGAACUGCGUAUGUUAAAUUAUCGUUACGUCCGGCUGUACUUCAAUCAGCAAAAGGACAAGUUUGUCAUGUUCAAUGGAUGGGUGGACCCGAACUGGACCGAUCCUCGCGUUGUCCGCGCCGGCAUUGACAGUGACGAGAAGGGGCUACGAGAAGUUGUCUUUGGCAACAACCUCAUUGACAUUGAGCAAAAGUCGAUCCCUCAGUUACUCGUGGAUGAGGUGUUCCAUCCAUUUUACGUCUUUCAGAUUGCUAGUCUGGUUCUCUGGUCUCUCGACGAAUAUUACUACUACGCCAUAGCUAUCUUUCUGAUGUCGUUUGGCAGUAUCACGACAACCCUCAUCGAAACUAGGGCGACCAUGAAACGACUUCGCGAGAUUUCUCGCUUUGAGUGCGACGUACGAGUUCUUCGAAACGGAUUCUGGCGAUAUGUGCCUUCAAGCGAACUUGUGCCCGGCGACGUAUACGAAGUCAGCGACCCGAACUUGACCCAGUUCCCAAGUGAUGGCCUACUCCUUAGCGGCGAUUGUAUCGUUAAUGAGAGCAUGCUCACAGGCGAAUCGGUACCUGUCUCUAAGACUCCAGCCACGGAUGAGACUUUGUACAAUCUUGACUUGGCUGCGCCUACAGUAUCUCCCGAGAUUGCCAAGCAUUUCCUUUUCUGUGGUACCAAGAUCAUCCGCGCUCGACGCCCCCAAGAAGACCGUGAUGGGGAUGCCGUUGCCCUCGCGCUUGUGGUUAGAACAGGAUUCAGUACUACGAAGGGCUCUCUCGUGCGAUCCAUGCUCUUUCCUAAACCCUCCGGUUUCAAGUUCUACCGCGAUUCCUUUCGGUACAUCAGCGUUAUGGCUGUAGUAGCUAUGCUCGGUUUCAUCGCGUCUUUCGUCAACUUCCUGCGUUUACAUCUUGCCUGGCACCUCAUCAUCGUACGCGCUCUGGAUCUCAUCACUAUUGUGGUGCCUCCUGCGCUCCCAGCCACACUCACGAUCGGCACCAACUUUGCGCUAAGUCGGCUCAAGAAGAAGCAAAUAUUCUGUAUCAGCCCUCAACGUGUCAACGUGGGCGGCAAGCUUGAUAUCAUGUGCUUCGACAAGACGGGCACUCUUACAGAAGACGGACUGGAUAUCUUCGGGGUUCGAGUUGCCUCACCGACAACAGGCAAGUUUACAAAUGUGCUCACAGACCCUUCCUCCCUGGUACUUGAUCAGGCGGGAGAUUCGGCAUCGAAGCUCAAAGCUGCUUUGUUUACUAUGGCAACAUGCCACUCGCUCCGAUCCGUUGACGACGAGCUGAUGGGAGACCCGCUUGAUCUGAAAAUGUUUGAGUUCACACGAUGGUCUUUCGAAGAAGGGAAGCAGGGCCCCAAUGAGGCAGAUGACCAAGACCAAGGUAGUCUUUCGCCGUCGGUCGCCAGGCCGCCCGCUGAAUACAGUGACAUGCUGCGCGGUACCACCGCGCGACGGGACCAAUCAGCCUCAUUCGAACUGGGAGUUCUGAGGUCCUUCGAAUUCGUUUCUCAACUUCGAAGAGCCAGUGUCAUUGUCCGACAAUUUGGCCAGCAAAGUGGAGAUAUAUACGUCAAAGGUGCACCAGAGUGCAUGCGGGAAAUUUGCCGCGAAGACAGCUUCCCGAUCGAUUACGAUGAACAGCUUGCCUACUACACCCACAAAGGUUACCGUGUGAUUGGAUGCGCCACUCGCCAUAUCCCCAAACUCAGCUGGGUGAAGGCGCAGAAGAUGAAGCGGCACGAGGCAGAGUCAAACCUCGAGUUCACUGGGUUCAUUAUUUUCGAGAACAAGCUGAAACCAACUACGGCUUCGGUGCUGACCGAGCUCCUGGAGUCGAAUAUAAGCACAACUAUGGUAACCGGCGACAACAUAUUGACUGCCAUAAGUGUGGCUCGCGAAUGCAACUUGAUCAACAAGACGGCGCAUUGCUUUGUCCCAAGGUUCAUAGAAGUAGGCAAUGCUGGUGAUCCUAAAGCCCAGCUCCAAUGGGAGAGUAUCGACAAUGGUGCAUUCCAUUUGAACGCGGAGACACUACUGCCAUCGCCUCCUCCAGCUGAUGUGGAUGCGUCCCUUGCGUAUAAUAUCAACGACAUACGCAACUAUUCGUUGGCUGUUAGUGGCGACGUUUUCCGGUGGAUCGUAGAUUUUGCGUCUCCUUUGGUUUUGCAGAGAAUGCUUGUCCGUGGUCGCGUGUUCGCGCGGAUGUCACCGGACGAGAAACACGAGCUGGUUGAGAAGUUACAAAGUAUUGGGUAUUGCUGUGGGUUCUGUGGCGACGGUGCGAACGACUGCGGUGCUCUCAAGGCAGCCGACGUCGGUAUUUCACUUUCAGAGGCGGAAGCCUCCGUUGCAGCCCCUUUCACGUCGCGUGUCUUUGACAUUGGAUGUGUGCCUCAGGUCAUCCGUGAGGGACGCGCUGCGCUUGUGACUAGCUUCAGCUGUUUCAAGUAUAUGAGUCUGUACUCGGCCAUCCAGUUCACCUCUGUCAGCUUUCUCUAUGCCACGGCUUCAAACCUUGGUGACUUUCAGUUCUUGUUUAUCGACUUGCUGUUGAUUCUGCCAAUCGCUGUCUUUAUGAGUUGGGCCGGACCAUUUCCUGUGCUGUCACGGAAACGGCCAACAGCAGACCUUGUCUCUCGCAAGGUGCUCAUUCCGCUGCUUGGCCAGAUGGCCAUUUGUAUCCUGAUACAGGCGGUCGCCUACGUGGCUGUGCGAGAACAACCAUGGUAUAUUCCGCCCCGGGUCAACCAUGAUAAGUCAAACAUCAAGAACUCGGAAAACACAGUCCUGUUCUUGGUGUCUUGCUUCGAGUACAUCCUAGCGGGCGUGGUACUCAAUGCUGGCCCGCCCUUCAGAGAGAAAGCGGUGAAGAAUUGGCCAUUCAUGGCAACCAUUGCGGCGACUCUUUUGAUCACACUAUACAUGAUUGUUGGACCUGCACAUUCAGUACGACACUUGAUGCAGCUUACCAAGACAAGCUGGGACUUUGAGGUUUUCAUGAUUAUUCUAGGAGGCGUUUACUUCGCAGCGGCGUGGACAUCGGAAAAAUACAUCUUUCAGAAGCUGGCUCGGGCGGCGGGAUAUUUCAAGGAACGGGUCCUGAAUAGGCCCAAACAAAGGAAGGAGUACAAGAUCAUUUUGGAAAACAUGCAGGUGUAG